AUGAAGAUUGACAGGAAAAAGACGGUUAAUCGGUGCGGAUAUGAUCAGAAUGAGUGCAUGUUACUUGCAAAACACCUAUCUGUAUGCCCAGAUGAACAGCUGAUUUCAGAAUUGAAGCGAAUAAAGGUUUGGAAUUACGGAAAGUGUGAACUUGGACUUUGGGCAGACGUUUUGGAUCGAUUAGAUGCUAUUUUGGAAAAUGCUGUAACGAAAGUUGGGAAGUGGAUGCUUCGUCUUGAUGCACCGGGAAACUCGUCUCUUGUUGAGGAUGUAGUGACUAUUUUGGAAUUUACUGGUCACUUGAUCGAGCAUAGUAUAUACAGAUACUUGUAUGGUUCCUGGACUCAUAUACUUGCUUUGUUUGGCUCUUCAAACCUUGAUGUCUUGCUGGCCGUUCUCGGUCUAUCGUACAACUUUAGCAAACGGAGCAACUAUUUUAUUAGGUUAGACCCAACAAACAAACAGAUGAUUCUCGAUCGUCUUGUAUCAAUUGCUGAAACUUGGGGUGGAGCAGAAAAUGGAUUUGGACUUGCAGCUUGUUGUGAUCCAAAUCAUUUCCCAGAAACGGCUGGAAAUGUAUAUUUUGAGUACAGAUCAGAACAACCUCCCGGCCCUUCAUCUGUCUCUCAGCACUCAAGUUCUAGCGAACAGUUGGGGUCUUCAAGUUCUAGCGGCACAAUUGUACUUCAGGCCCUCCACCGCAGAAAUCAAAUCCCGUCCGAAAUAAUGGAAGAGUUACUAGCUGUACAUCCUGUACCCGUAUCUCAACAAAUGGCUUUGUUCUCUCGUGUUCGACUGGCAACUUAUUUUGCUGAUCCUACACAGCGUCAUAAGUGCAUACGUGCCAGACUUCAAGCACUAUCCAUUUUAUCGUAUACAUUCGACGUUGAUGAACGACAUUUGUAUCCUAGCUUAAUAGAUGAACUUGUGGAAGUACUUGGUUUGUCAGAUGACCAGUAUAUGGGGAUCAAGGCAUGCGCCCUUCGAACGAUGACUGCUAUAGUGAAUUCCCACCGACUGGGCAUAAACUGGGGCUCGUUGGUUGGAUCUACUGGAUUAUCUAGUUAUCAUGGUAUCUUACCUAAUUUGACCAGAAAAUGGAUCAAAGGACUUGUAGACGGUUCUAUAAAAGCCCCUGCUGGGAGUACAAAUCAGCAUUUCACAACAGCUCUAUUAUCCUUCUUGUAUCAUCUAGCUUGUUAUGAAGAAAACGUUGGUCCAGGAAAUACACAAAACACAACUCUCAGCUCUAGUGGUAUUUUGGACACUAUGACUCAACUUAUUUCUUGGCAUACACCGCACAAUGAUUAUUUGAGUUAUGUCACACGUGCUGUUCGUGUGACUGAUCAAAUCCUGUUGAGUAUUUCUUCAAGUCGUCAACAUGUAGUAAGUAUUUUGGUCGAUCGAUUAAAUUACGAAGUUGAAGUUGUUCUUCAGAGUUCUACAUCAAGUAAUAAAUCGAGCGUUUCCGAUUAUGAGCAGACUUUGAAUACACAGCGCUCUGGCCUUAUGAAAUCUAUACUCAAUUUACUGAAGCGACUUUGUUUGGACGCGGAAUGGGGCGAUAUAGUUCACUCUGUAAUGGAUGGUAACCUACCCUCAGUCCUGCGUCAAAUUUUCCUCAAUGGUUCCACCCAUUUCACUCCACAUUUGUCACUUUUCGCUAUGGAAACUAUUACCAACUACCUUUAUACAUAUCCAUCUAGAAUUUCAACUAUGCAGGACAAGAAUAUUACAAGUGAUAUUUUAAAAGCUUUAACAGAACAACCGUUACCUCAAAAUCGAGAUUUUCUUGUACAGCUACCAGCAUUAUUGAAUACUUUAGCUUUGAAUUCCCGUGGUAUUGAGGCUAUUUUAUCAAGUGGUGUAAUUAAUCGUUAUUUGAAUACAUUAGUUUCACCAGAUUAUCUUACGACAAUGAAAACUAAACGUGUUCGUGAGUUUAUAUCACAGAUAUCAUAUGAUAUGAAUUGUAAUUCUGGUCAAAAUUUAUCUAAUAGUUUAACAGCGAGUCAAAUGAGUAAUGCUAUACAAGAACUUCUUCGAUCACAUACUGAACUAAAACCUGUUGUCUUUAAAUGCGUUAUUUCUUGUCUGCGUCAUGUUGUGAGUCUUGGAAAAACACCAGCAACAUUGCCAUCUGAAAGUGUGUCAUGUAAUCCAGCAGUUUUCAAUAUCUUAUCAAGGUCUACCAGGAAUCCUAAUAAUUUCGGCUUACGCAGUUUUGCAGAAGUUGCCGGUGAAUCACCGAUCCAUCAGACACAAGGUUCUUCAGGCGGUAUCAGUCAAGCUGUUACAAGUGCUCCUUUAGGUUUGAGUAAUAUCCAAAAUGCUAUUGGUGCAACUGAAGAUGAUGUAGUGAUGUCUGGAGGGGAAGAUGACGAUGAUUAUAGUAGUGACAUUGAUGUAAAUCAAGAUAGCCAACAAGCACAUAGUCGUUCUGAAACUGUACAAGCUGGUACCAUUGUAUCUGGAGCAUCAAUUUCCAUGGCUAGUUUGGAAUAUUCUCUUGAGUGUGACAAGAUGUCAGUUACAAAUGAUGCUAAUACAGCUCGUACUGAGGCUGGCUCUGUAACUCCUAAUGUGUUCCUGCCUGACUUCAUGUUGAAUAUGUGUAAAUUCCUUGAAAAACUUUUACCAUUCGGAUCUCAUACUACUGAAGCAAUGUGCCCACAAUUUGUUAGUCAAGGUGGAUUACAAGCUUUAUGUGAUUUGAUUCGCAUGCCUGGUUUACCGUAUGAUUUUCCAGUGUCUGCUACAUGUGCAUCAUUGUGUAAAAUUUUCGAAGAUUUAGCCAAUUCAGUUAAUUUAACCGAUGUAACUAAACCUUUGUUCCAGUGCUUGGAAUCUUCAUUGGAUAAACUAUCUGUUCUAUACACUUCUAACUAUCCAAUGAGUUCUAUACUCUUACGUGAAUAUUUGUCUGGUGAACGAGAAGUGUUGCAUGAAUUGGUGACAAUCGCUUCAGUAGUUUGUAUUUUAGUACAAAUGAUUGAGCAUAUUAAAUCAGAAAUUCGUUUGUCAUUGGCUAGUAGUUGGUUAUCUCAGAACUGUUUGAAAACAUUGGGGCGUCUAUAUUUAGGAGUUUCUUGGGAAGCUGGAAUCCUCUUAAAAGUUCUUUUUGGCGAUAAAGAUAUAAAUGAAUCUGAUAUGUUGAAUGGAUUAAAAAUACCUCAACACUUACUUAAUAGUUCUUCUAAAUCAUGUGAUUCAAAUUCUACUGUUCCAAAUAAAGUUAUGAACAUCCCAUCAGAACCAAUGCCACAAUUUGUAGAAGCUUUACACAUGUAUUCUCUUAUUACACAGUCUAUUUCGCCUACUACUGAUGGUCAAUCUUUUAUAUCUAAACAUUCAGAACUUGUCAAACCAUUGAAUCGAAUACUGCAUGUAACUGCAUUUCUUAUUAAUUCUGUCACGGAACUAUUUAUUGCUCUUGGAAGAUUUUUCUCAAAUCGAACACAAAUUAAUUAUAGACGUCGUCGAACCACAUUAAUUCCAAAUGAUUUAAUUCCAAACGAAAUGAGGUCACGUGCAUUGGCUCAAGUUGCAGAUGUACUUUCCAUCACGUAUACAUGGGAACCAGCUUCCACUAAUCGUAAUCAUAAAGCAACUGCAUCUUUAAAUUAUGCUAUUCGUUAUGCGUCAAUUCGUCUAACUAACCUUCUACUUCAUGAUUCAGUUCAAAGGAAUUCAGAUCUAGGAAUGAUUAACGCAUUCUUCAGGCUAAAUGGAAUAACUCUUUAUUUUGGGUUAUUUCGUCAGCUGAUCAGUUUUGAUUUAGAUGAUCCAGCUAUACGAAAACCACUAUCAAUUGUAUUAGAAGAGUGGCUUGUAUGUGCAGAUCGUAUGAGCAAUGCAAGUUUUUGUGCUCCAUCUAAUUCAGAUACUAAUCGAACAACUGACACUGAAGCAAAUGCAAUGAAUGUAAAGAAGAUAACUGCACGUGUUCAUCAAUGUAUGAUACCUGCACUGGCACAAUUAUGUUCUCGAACAGAUUUGCAGGAUUUGCUCAGUCGUAAAGCUGUUGAACAUUUACUCAGUAUGCUGGUCACCAUUGUGCCAUACAUCUUCAAUUCUGACAAUAAACAACGUUUAAUCAAGUCUGAGGAGUCCGCCAAUGCUAUUCAUUCAUCAGGUUGGGAUAAGACUCUAGACGAACGUCCAAAUAAUCUACCAUCUACUGACAAUCUUAUCGAAAUAAACCCUAGUACACAUCAUCAACCUUCCAUGCCGCAAGAAGCUCCAAAUAUAUUUAUCAGCAGUUCCAAUAGAUUAUCUGAACCACAGAUUGCAUCUACUGAAUCACCGUUGGAAGGAACAGAUAUUUCUUCACAGACUUUAUCUACUGCAGUUACUCAAGAUCCAUCUGCUACACCACUUUUGGUUGAUCAAACAAUGAGUCAAUCAAAUGCAAUUGAUAAUGCACCAUUCAAUAUAUAUUUUGAUGUUGAUACUGUCCCGCCCGAUAACGUUAUACGUGAUCAAGAAGCCCUUCGACUGAUGGAAGAAAUGGGUUUCGCUCGUGAUUUAGCUAUUGUCGCUUUAGAGCAAACUGGAUGGAAUGCCAAUGAAGCUGUAAAUCUUGUAAUAGCAACUUCUCCUCAUGAUCUCUUACAAAAUGCCAAUCCUUCCUUUAUUUCUGGAUUACGAAGAGGUAGAACAUCACGUAGAGCUCAACGUAGACGUACACUUGGAGCUGGUAAUGUAGCUAAUGAAUCUAGUCCAUUAAUAACUAAUGUGGAUAAUUCACAAUUCCAAACUGAUGUUUAUGAACAUGUAACAGAAUUUAUUGAUAAUUUUAGUACUACUGAACAAAUAGAAUCACAAAUCAAUCCAGAAUGUCCCACUUCGUCUGAUAACGAGAUCACCUUGUCGUUGGGCAAUAAGGACACUCCAACUAUAAAACGAACCAAUGUAUCUAAAUUUCCACUCGUUAUGAUGGAAUUAUGUAAUGAGAAAACUCAUAAUGAAGCAUGUGCAUCUCUUAAACAAAAUGUCUUCAAGACGUGUUAUGCUAUUGCCAAACGUCAUCAGUCCUAUCAGAUUCUCCAUCAAAUUGCUGAACUAUUUAUAUCCAGCGGAGAACAUGAACAAUACAUCAAUGAGUUAUUUGGUGUAGUUACAGCGCAUCUAAAGUCGUAUUUUAGUGUUUCACUUAAUAAAACUCUUAAUAAAUCUGACAAUGAAAAUUAUGAGUUCACAAAUUAUGAGAAAGAACAUCAGACUGUCGGAUUACAUUUAAUUGCUCUCUUAUUCACUAGAUCCCCAUUAGUUUGCGCUUGUUUAGCUUGGAGUCAUAAACUUCCAAGUGUAUUGAUUCAAUUUGUAUCCGAUUCAGAUAUUCUAAAUAAAUCAGUUACUACUACUACUACCACUAAUAGUAGUAGUGGUGGUGUUACUGUCCGUGAAGACACUCGAAUGGAAGUGGACGAAUUCAGUACAGAUGUAUCUUACAAUCCAAAUGCUAUUUCAAAAUCAGAUUACUACAAAACACUGACUUUAGCUUUUCUUGUGUUAGAUCAGUAUGAAAGAAGUAUACAAGCUCUAUGUUUACGUCAAGAAUGUGUCAAGCUGUAUGCUUCCUCUCAUAAUUGGCAUUGGUUUGAUAAUCAAGCAAUGCUUUGGCAUCCUUAUACAAAUGAAAGUAUACGAAUUAUUGAUAAAAGUUUUCAUAAAGGUGAUUUAUGCGCAUUUUGUGAUAUUAAUCGUCGACCAUAUACUGUUGAAUUUCCAACUAUGACACAAAUAAAUCUUGUCAGUAUGCAUAGACGUCCUGUUAUGCUUUUCCCAUCCAUUUCUGAGAAUAUAGAAACAGAUGAAGCGUCGUCAAUACAAACGACACCGUAUGAAUUGAGUCUAAUGAAUACAAAGAUACCAGAAUGUUUAAAUGCAGAAGAACGUUCAAAACUAUGUCAUGCAUUAUUGACACAUUUUCGUGCUUUCAAAAAUUUAUCAUCAGAACAACAAUCACAUUCAACAUUAUCCAUGUCGGAAAAUCAACAUUCUGAUGAUCAGUUGCCUCUACCAUCUGACUGUUUAAACGCUAUGUUCAGAUUGAUGCUUCGUUUAUGCUUUACAAGUUAUGAAGAUGCAGAUAAGUUAGCUGAAGCGGAUCUCUUGACAACUCUAUUCUCGUAUCCACAUGCGCCGGAGUUUUCUCCGGAAUUUUCAUCUUUCGUUGGUGCUUUAAUUUCCGAAAUUUUUGACGAUACUUCGACAAUUGAUCGGAUAAUGAAGGAAAUUUGCACCCGAAUGUCCAGAUCUGGUAUGCCUAAUGUGUUCAUGGGAAUCGAUGCUGGCCCUAGAACUUGUCGAGAUUUGUUCUAUUUAUUGAGCUUAUGUGCACCUUUGCUUGCUAAAGAUCGUGAACGUGCUCUUAGAUUAGCAAUAGAAACAUUCAGUUUAUCUUUGCCCGAUAGCGAUAUAGAAGGUAAAGUUUAUCCAAAGACGUAUAUCGUUGAAGAAUCUAAUCCUCCUGGUGCUGCUGUUACUGACCGAUCUUCUGUAAUAUCCUUCCCGCUUAGUCCACAUCAGAAGCAUUUACUCACCCAGCUAAUGGAUUUAAUUAUGUGUUCAACUUGGAAAUCUAAAGGAAAUCACACUUUCACUCGUCUUCAGUAUACAGAAGUAACGGAAGCACCCGGAAAUGACGGUUUUACCUCAGAAUCUGCUCAUCCUCCAAUAUCUAAUACAAGAACUGUUAUUUCGAGGGGUGGUGCCACAACUGCACAGUCUGCUAAUACAUGUACUCGUCCUGAUCAGUCAUCACUGGAAAACUCUACAACUCGUUCAACACAUAGUGAAUUUAAUAAACAAAAUGGAUUUGUAGUUUUAGGCAAAUCAGAUGCGAUGCAAUACUUAAUUGACUUAGUUGGUACUUACAAAUCUGUCGCUGAGUUUGUCGCAAUGUAUAAACACAAACAUUCCGUGGAGCAUACAUCUGGGAGAUCAAACGCCGAUGUAUCAAAGUGUUCUUUUAUCUCCUAUUUAUUUAGUCAUCAGUUAAAUAACUCUGAAACAGCUGAAUCUACUAUGUCAUUGUUGAAAAACUUAAUACUCAUCAGUAGUGAAUCCAUUCAAGGAGUAAUUAUAAAUGAAUUUAAAGCAUCACUUGGUCGCGUUGCCACUAAACAUUACCCUAUUUCAAUAGAAGAUAUUAAGUCUGAAAUUACCUCCCCAAUGAAAAAUGAUCGAAUCGCAUCUCAUAUGAUGUUUUUAAUGCGUAUACUGUCAUUGCCUUCUCCUCUAAUUAAUCGCGUUUUACGUUUGUUAUAUAAACGAAGAAUACCAGCGGAUAUUGCUAGAUUAAUUGCUAUUGUUGACUGCAAUUUACCUAACACACAGUUCACAAUUAAUAUUAUGUUGCACGCUCUAGAAAGUUUAACUCUAGUAGAUCGUCAAUACACUAAGUUUAAUUCUCAAGGAAAACGACUUGCGAAUAACUCUACGGGACGACAAGUUAAUGCUGCUUCAGUUUCGAAUGAGGAGUCAGGUGAUGUAGAAAUGAGACUCACUAGUACUAUACAAACAUCUUCAACUAUUACCGAUUCAACCUCACAGGACCCAAUGCUUCAUACCAUACCAUCAUCUGAACAAAGAACCGAUGUCUCCCUUGACAGAGGUACGACUAACAUAUCUUCCACCAUUCCUGGCUCGGAUCAUACUAUCAAUACUUCUAGAGAUUUUGAGACUGAUUCCGAUGAUGAUGAUGACGAUGAUGUUACAAUGUCUGACCAACAGGAGUUUUCACACCCUGUGCAAAAUGUAGAUUCCGCUUUUGAUAGACCUAGUUUGAUUCUAUCUAGCACUGCACAAGGUAGCGCUUCUUCAAGUCUUAAUCGCGUUCUAAAUGAUGUUUUGGCUGUCCAGGCUGAUAUGGUCAUCAGUUCUGAUCAUAAUGAAAACGUCCAUCAGCCUUGGCGUAGUGUAGGCAACGGAGAUCAAGAAACUAGAUCUGUGAUAUUUGUUUAUGAUGAUGAAGAUGAAGGAAGUUCCGGUCAGGGUGCUGAAGGUAAUAAUAGUCAAGAAGAAGAGGAAGAAGACGAUGUCCUUGUAGAAGAUGAGGACGAAGAGGAGGAGGAGUAUGAUGAUGAUGACGAAGAUGAUGAUGACCAGGACGAUGAAGACGGUGAAAAUGAUCCAGAUGUUGAAGGUGAUGACGGUGAUGUUGAUGUUAGCGGUGAAGAUGAGGAGGUUGCUUUUGUUCUUAGUAGAAGUCGCAGACACGAAAACCGUACUCGACCUUCUGGUUUGUCUAGUCCACGUCGUCGUCGACCGAAUGCUUCCAUUUCUGUUACUGUUACUACCAAUCGGAGCAACAGUGAUCGCAAUCAGAAUACUGAAUCUCAUGACGAUGGUGAAAACUUGCAUAAUGAAGAUACGGAUAUUGUACUUCAUGACGACACGCAUGUGGAAGAUGAUGGGAGCUUUGGUGAUGAUGAUUUAGAUACAUAUGGUAGAGAUGAUAACGAUACUCCUCGAGAUGAUGUGGCGAUUAUUUCUUCCGAUAUACCUGGUGUUAUCUUUCCCAAUGAAAACCGUGGGUCUCAUGGAAACCAUUCAGUUGCAGCUGUGGUUGAAGAGACUCUUCGUCGAGUAGUUGCUCCACCUUUGAAUGUAAUCUCAUCUAAUGGUUUUAGAGAUCUUGGAACAAAUAGUUUGUCAACCUUAAAUGUUCAUUCGCGAGGUUCUUCUACCGGUAACUGGGAUUAUCUUCUGCCUGCUUUUACAAAUUUAAUUGCUCGUCAUGGUUCUCGACACAUUCCAUUUGAUGGUGAAUCUAACCUACCAACAAGUACUACUAUAUUCCGUUUCGGUCCUGAAGCAUCAGUAUUUGUAGGUGGAAGCAAUUCAACUCGUUUGGGAUCUGGUGUAAAUUUUGUUUAUUCUUCAAAUAAUCAGACAGGUCUUAAUACUUCUCAAUCUAUUCAAGCAGUACCAGCUGCAACCCUGGCAAAUCAGCAUCCUUUACUUCAGGUACCGAUAACCACUGGAACUAAUGUUGGUCUUUCAACAAUUGACACAAACAUUGGAACAUCCAGUCACAAUACAUCAACCAAUAACGUUAGUGGCUUACGUGUAUUUGGCGUUCUGCCGCGACCACAACACGUUCCUCCUCAUUAUGGUACACGUCAUCGGAUUACAGGUUCAUCUGGACCACAUCUUUCCUCUGGUCUUACUGGUUUACGCCAUCAUACUUCAUUUAGCCGACUAUUUAAUGCUGAAUCUGAACCAGAUGGUGUUAGUUCAGGUGGUUCUAAUAGUCUGACUCGAGGCCAACUUGCUACUGAUGUUAGCGGUUUAGGUUUAAGUCGACCAAUCAUUGCAGAUGCAGUUUCUAUGUCACCAGUAAAUCGUGUAUUUUACGUUCCACCAACGAUCCCUCAACAACAAUUUCCACCAUCUUAUGGCAGUCGUCAUCGAUUUCCAGGCACAACUGCAUCUCACCUCCCUUCAAGUUCCGGUAGUUGCUCACGUCACCAAACCUCAUUCAAUCGGUCAUUUAAUGCCGAGUCACAACCAAAUGCUAAUAAUGAAUCUAGCAGUAGUCACCUUUGCAGUCAAAUCACUGCCAAUGCUCAGGAUAAUCGUUCUGGACCAGAAGCCGAUGCACUGGUGUGGACAAUGCUAACAAGUCUAGCUGAAGAUCAACCUUCCCCUGUUAAUUCCGCUCUAAGUGCGGCUAUAUUUUCUAGGUUCUUUUCACAAGGACAAACUAGUAGAAAUCAACAAGGAAUAAUGGAUAUUCGUUCUAGAGGACUAACUCCUUAUGCAGGUUAUGCUCUACCACCCCAUUAUCGACGAUGGACCAAUCUAUCCCGAAUGUUAUUCGGGCAUGAAGUUAUGGAUCUUAUUCUUUUGGCUCGUCACCAUAUUUAUAAAGCACUCGAACAGAAACGUCAUGAACUGUACAAUUUGCGUAUUUCAGAAAAUGAAAUACUCAGCUUACCUGUGGUUACUAGCUCGCCGGAUGAACCACUGAUUGCAGCUCCAACAUUGACUUCUACUAAUAAUAAUGCUAAUGAAUCUGCAGAAACAUUUGUAACAUUUGCCACUCCUCUUGUUACUUGCGUGUCAACGUCUGAAAAUUCAGGUUAUACUCAAGAAUCUUCUGUGGAUUUACAACAACAACUACCUGUUGUUUCUAUCGAUAGUGCAGCUACAUUUAAUCAAAUUAAUCCGGAUGUAUGUGUUAAUGAAGCAUCUGAAAUAUCGAUUUCAUCAGAUGUGUCUAUGUCAAAUCCAGCUAUUUUACCUGUUCAAAAUGAGCCAGAACCUACAAAUCCCAUAGAAAAUAUAUCAAAUCUUGUAGCAUCUUCUAAUGACACUCCUACUACUAAUACUUCCACUGGACCACCAACAAGAUCACUUGUUAUGACUGAUGAAGAAACUAUUCAAUCAUUAGUAGAAGGUGGAAUGGAUCCAUCAUUUUUAGAUGCAUUACCGGAAGAAAUGCGACAAGAAGUUAUUGCAGAUCAUCGUUAUGCAAGACAAGUCCAACAACGAAUCAAUUCUAUGAGUUUACCAGUACAUGUUAAUUCAGAAUGGCUGACUGGACUUCCACCUCAUAUUCAAGAAGAGGUUCUAGCACAAUUUCGUCAAGAGCAGCAACAACAGUCUUCCACCCAACCCUCUGCAACCACCUCUGGUGAAAUAGAUACAACUGAACAACCUACUGCUCAACCGCCAUCUACACAAAAUACAACUGACAGUAAUACUGCAUUUCUUGUGUCUCUACCACCUUCUGUACUUCGUGAAGUAUUGGCUGAUAUGGAAGAAUCACAGUUGGAAACACUUCCCCAAUAUUUGGUCGUUGAAGCUAACAGAUUACGUCGAGAGCAUGAAGAACGUUAUGCUCGAGCUGUUCAAAAUGGUAUUUUUGCUCAUUCCAAUGAUUCCCGACCUUAUCACUUUUGGCGUAAUUUCACCACCACUUCUGGAUUACUAGGUGGUGGUGGACAAGGACGUUGGAUUGUUCGAUUUCAUUCAAAUGAUCAAAUUGUAGUUCAUCCUAACAAUAUAGAUGGUUCAUUAAGUUUGAAUAAUGCUCUAGGUGUUCGUACAAUGGCUGGUUUAUCUAGUCGUGAUUUAAUUGAUCAUGAAGGAUUAACAUGUAUAAUAGUACUGCUUAUAGCCAGUUCUUCAUGUUCUAAUCAAAGACAAAACAUAGUGCCUACAGUGAAGAAAGUUCUGCGUAAUCUGUCUUGCCAUUCUGCUACACGAAACUGGAUUGUAAACACUAUCAUAUCUCUGUUUAAUGGAUUGUCUGAAAAACCACCCCCAAAUCUACAGUCAACUUCCAGUUUUGUGCCGUCCAUAGAGGAAUGUGAACCAAUACCGAGUACUUCACAUGAUCGUGGGGUAUCUCUACCUGCUUCCGAAAGUGAAUUCAAAUAUUCUACGAAACCGAUGUCUAACAACACAUUGUUCCAUACUGGAUUUGAAGCUGCCUUGGGUUGCUGGGUAAGGAUAUUCCAUCCAGUUCCUCAAAACCUAAGCCAUACACCUUAUCUUCAAAAUGACUCUCAUACUGUUGUGCCCACUUAUUCCAAAGAUACAUUUUCAUCGACUCCUGUUCGAUAUAUUAUACAUCCUCAAGGAGCAGUUUUUGUUGCUGGUAUCCUCCUGGAAACUCUGAACGAAUUAACCCGUGCAUUUCCAUCACAUUUCUAUCCUUCAGAAGCAUGUCAGUCAGAGUCUGCUGGGACUUCCCACAGCACUGAUAUUCCUUUUACAUCGUUUUGGGAUAUAUUCAAUCGACUUUCCCAAUCUAACAUAACUUCAUUGCCUGUUGGAUCUACCACAAGACCUGUAGUUAAACGAGCAAGAAUUUCAUCAAGAAAAAGACCUGUUUCAAUUUCUGACAAACAACAAGCAAGUGAUUCGACUCAAGUGUCUUCAGCAUCUACACCGAAAACAUCUAUAAAUCCAUGUCAUAAAUCAUCUAAUUUAACAACCACUGAGACAUUAUCUUCAUCAUCGUAUUCAGCAGAUAUAUUAGAAAAUGAUUCCAUGAAAGAAGUAACAAAUGAAACACAAUACAGUAACAAUAAUAGUUCCAAGUCUAUUACUACUACCAAUACUACACCAGUGACCGUAAAUUGUUUCACUGCUUUAUCUGAAUUACUUUGUCAUCAAUUAUUACACGAUCGUCCAAAUCAUCAAGAACGCCUCAUAACUAUUCUUGCUGGGAUUGUCAAAGAUUUCCUGCUUAGUCGAUCUCAUUCCAAUAUAUCUGUUGCCCGGGCUUCCACUCAUCCAACUAAUCUUGUUACACCAACCACUGUAAAUACUAUUUUGACCGAUACAAAUCAACAGAAUCCAACAGAUAUGUCAUCACAACAAUCUACUACUGACAUACAAUCUUCACAUGAUGCAGAAAGUGUCCCCACCUCUAUUCCAGAAGACCAAUCAUCUUCUACUCAGCCACCAGUAUCCAAUUCGUCUAAUAUUUUAAUGAGUCCACUAAGACCACAAGUUAUUGAAACUCUUUGUCAACUUGUAUUAGCUCCUAAAUUUUCUGAAACUGCUCGUAUAAUGACCACACAAUUGAUUACCGAUUUGGCUCAAGCAAAUCCAAUUAUGAAGGAAUCAAUUCUUCGUUUAUUGUCAAUUACAGCAGGUCAAUUGAUCUCAAAUAUAUCCGACCAGUUACAGUGUCUUGUGUCUGAAGUUGAUAAGCGACUGAAAGGGAAGGCGUUAGACUCUCUUCCAACGUAUGAUCUAUCCAAACCGUCUUCAUCUCGUUAUCCUUCAGAAAUAAGUCGUAUUUCUUCUUAUGAUGUUCUCCCUGAUCGCUUCGGUAUACCCGGACAAAUGGUAGUUGUAUCGAGCGAUUCACGUUUUCAGUCUGCUACUAAGUUUUCCGACUUACAGUUGAAUUCUUCUGAAGUUUUCACAUGUCCUAACAAUGACCAAUGUCGUCUUCGUGGCAUUUUGGGUUUGAUGUUACGUAUUGCUGCUGGAGACAGUUCACUAGUUGGUUCAAAUCCAAUCCCUGUAUCGUCUGAUGAUCUGUUAAUUUCUGUACCUGGUGUGAAUGAAUUCUGGGAUCAUUUGUGCCAAGCAUUUGAAAAACUUCAAGCGCUAGAUGAUCAAAAUGCUGUUCUACUAUUGCAGCCUCUUCUAGAAGUGUUUUGUUUGGCUCAUGUGCAUUUGGUGAAAGAAACUAUUCUGCUUCGUCAACGUUCCACAAACAGUCGAUCUAGUCGUACUAAUUCUUGUUCUUCAGGUACACUAAGCUUUAUCGAUAUGGUGCCACUUUUACAUAUGUGUAUUGAUUCCACAUCUCAUUCAGAACUUGAUACUAAUAGAUCAUCAACUACUGAUCAUCUCUCACACUUGUAUUUUGAUCUUGGUGGACCUCAGUCCCCUGAUGUCACUACUGCAGGAGAGGAUUUAACAGUUACAGCAUGUACUUCAACUAAUUCGGCAACUGCAUCUCAAAGUCCAUUUUCUAAAAAUCCUAUAAUUGAAUUCGCAGAUAAAUAUCGUCGUGGAUUAAGUCAAGUUCUUCGUCAUCAUGGAGCUAAUAUAGGUGAAUCACCUUUCGCUGUAUUUUUGGCUUAUCCCCGAGUGCUUGAUUUUGACGUUAAGCGUCGCUUUUUCCGACAACAGCUACAAUCAUUAUCUAAUCGUUCAACAUCCAGUAACCGAUAUGAUGAUGAUCCAAUAACUGUCUCAAGGGAUCGAAUAUUCGAAGAUAGUUAUGCCAGACUACACAGAAGAUCCGUGAGUGAAUGGAAACAUAAAUUUGUGAUCCGCUUCCAAAACGAAGAGGGUCAAGAUGCCGGCGGUCCAUUGAGAGAAUGGUUCUUACUAAUGAGUCGAGAAAUUUUCAAUCCAAACUACUGCCUUUUCCGCGUCUCUCCCGCAGAUCGAGUUACAUACACAAUUAAUCCAAGCUCUUACAUUAAUAGUAAUCAUUUGUCUUAUUUCAAAUUUGUCGGACGUUUUAUUGCUAAAGCUAUCAAUGAUAAUAAACUUCUGGAAUGCUAUUUCACACGAGCGUUUUACAAACAUAUCUUGGGAGUACCUGUCAGGUGCUCAGAUUUAGAAAGUGAAGAUUAUGAAUUUUUCAAAGGAUUGGAAUUUCUCUUAAGUCACGAUGUAUCUGAUUUGGGUUAUGAACUAACCUUUAGUACCGAGAUAAAUGAAUUUGGCAAAACAGACACUCGUGACCUCAUUGAAAACGGUCGAAAUGUAGCAGUUACUGAGAAUAACAAAAAAGAAUAUGUUCGUCUAGUUUGUCAAGAACGUAUGACUGGUGCUAUACGUCAACAGCUUGAUGCUUUCUUAAGAGGAUUCUAUGAUAUCAUUCCUAAACGUAUGAUUAGUAUAUUUAAUGAACAAGAAUUAGAAUUACUGAUUAGUGGUUUGCCUAAUAUUGAUUUAGUUGAUUUAAAAGCUAAUACAACUUAUUCAAAAUAUCAACCGAAUUCACCACAAAUUGAAUGGUUUUGGCAAGCAUUAGAAUCAUUUGAUCAAGAAGAUUUAGCACGUUUUCUACAAUUCGUCACUGGUACUAGUAAAGUGCCAUUAGGUGGAUUUAUGAAUUUAGAAGGAAUGCAUGGUCCUACUAAAUUUCAAAUUAGUCGUGCAUCUGUUUCAAGUACUAAUCAUUUACCGUCUGCACAUACUUGUUUUAACACACUUGUGUUGCCAGCAUAUGAAAGCUACGAACAACUACGAUCAAGACUUUUGAUGGCUAUACGUGAAUGUAGUGAGGGCUAUGGAAUGGCUUAA